UGAAUUUCUAAUAGACAAGACUGAAAUCUCCAAAUUGGUAGACUACAAUCAAGACAUAGAAAGACUUGGUUUAGUUUUGAAGCCUUUGAGUCUUGUAAGGUUAUCAUCAGAACUUAGAUAA